AUGCACAAACGUACGAAGGUGAAGAUCACGUUCUUUGUGAUCCUGGUGGGUAUGGCGUCCAUGUUCACGGCGGUGGUGACGGACCAUUGGGCCGUGCUGAGCCCGCGGGUGGAGCAGGUGAACGCGACGUGUGAAGCGGCCCACUUUGGCCUCUGGAGGCUGUGUAAGAAGGCCAUCUACAUCAGUGAGGCGGACUACAAUGGAAAGGGUUGUGGCCCCAUCAGCUUACCUGGAGCGGAGAACUGCACCUACUUCAAACACUUCACUCCAGGGGACGAGUCUGAGAUUUUUGAAGUCAAAACACAGAAAGAGUACAAUAUCUCAGCAGCGGCCAUCGCCAUCUUCAGCCUGGCCUUUAUGAUCCUGGGCACCUUGUGUCUCCUGUGCUCCUUCAAGAAGGGGAAUGACUACAUCCUCAAACCUGCCGGAAUGUUCUUCGCUUUUGCAGGCCUGUGCGCCAUCAUCUCAGUGGAGGUGAUGCGUCAGUCGGUAAAGCGGAUGAUCGAGAGCGAGGACACCAUCUGGAUAGACUACUCCUACGCCUGGUCCUUCGCGUGUGCCUGCGCUGGCUUCUGCCUCCUCUUCCUCAGUGGCAUCGGCCUCCUCCUGCUCUCCAUGCCCCGCAUGCCCCAAAACCCCUGGGAGUCCUGCAUGGACGCUGAACACGAAGUGGAGUAA